CUGAGGGAGGGGCUGGGGAGUCCACCCCACCCCACAACCACCUAGAAAAAGGAAGCAGAAAAGGGAGAAACAGCAGCAGUGACUACACUUCCUUCAUUUCUCACUCUUGGGACUUUACUGACUCGCAAAAAGCAGCUGUACGGAGAAGCGAACCAAAGAAGAGGAGUUUUCCACCACAGUCUAAUAACACUGAGGAAAGUGAGCCCACAUUGUGUGUUCCAGGAGGUUCUACGCCCUUCUCUGAAGCAGGUCCCCUGGAGAUAGGUCAGCUGAUGGUGACUCUUGCAUCCCAUUACUUCCUGGCCCUUUCAAAGCCCAGGUCUGAGUUUGAAACCUGAUGUUGUAAAGGCUCAUCCUUCUUUUGAAGUAGAAGCUCUUCCAUGUUCCUGUAUGGGAUUUGUGUUCCUUCAGAAAAUAAUGACUGAUGUGUGCACCUCAUCUUUCUCCUCUAGGAUUUAGCAGUGGCCUCUAUGGGCUCUGUGAAUUCCAGAGGUCACCAGGCAAAAGCCCAGGUAGUGAUGAUGGGCCUUGACUCAGCAGGCAAGACCACGCUCCUGUACAAACUGAAGGGCCAUGAGCUGGUGGAGACCAUGCCCACUGUUGGCUUCAACGUGGAGCCUCUUGAAGUUCCUGGGCGUGUGUCUUUGACUCUCUGGGAUGUGGGAGGGCAGACCCAGCUCAGGGCCAGCUGGAAGGACUAUCUGGAAGGCACAGAUAUUCUCGUGUAUGUGCUGGACAGCACAGACAAAGACCGUCUGCCUGAGGCAGUGGCUGGGCUCAGGGAAGUGCUGGACAACCCCAACAUGGCCAGCGUCCCUUUCCUGGUGCUGGCCAACAAGCAGGAGGCACCUGAUGCUCUACCACUGCUGGAUAUCAGAGACAGGCUGGGUCUGGAGAGAUUCCAGGACCACUGCUGGGAGCUCCAAGCCUGCAGUGCCCUCACCGGGGAGGGGUUGCCGGAAGCCCUGCAGAGCCUGAGAAGCCUCCUGAAAUCCCGCAGCCACCUGUGUCUCCAGGAAAGGAGUGAGGAGAGCAAGAAAUCUUGACUGAGAUAGGGCAGCUUAUCUUUGCUCAUACAAACUGGAGGAACCAGCUAAUCCUCAGCUUAUCAAACCAGAAAUUCUGCUGUUCUUGGAUAGGAUAGUUUCUUCUCAGGAUUUAUUCUCACUGAUGUUUAUGUGGAAAAUCAACUAUUCUUUGAAUAAUAAUACUCUUAAAAAAAAUCUCAACAUGCUCCAUUUAAUAACUUAUUACCAAAUGUGAACUGAGCAAUUGUAAUAAUAGAGGAACUAGUGAUUCCAUAAUAAUCAAGACCUAAAUUCACAGAGGAAAAGAUGUUUCAAAAUCAAAUCAGAACAUCAGCUGGAUGUGGUCACAAUUGUUGUGAGUGAUUUUGGGUUUGUGCCAUUAUCCUCUGUGUGCAAGUAACCAGGUUCAGAAGAAGUGGGCAGGAGAGUCUGCUACUACGGAAUCUGGGUUUAGAGGGUCACUGGGGAGCUCAGCCCUGGGCAAGGAGCUGGCAGUAAGGCUUCCAAAACAUACCCUCUUCUCUGGUCCUGAUUAACCCUGUCUACACUUUUGUCAUCCUGUGUUGGUCUUUUUUUUUUUUUUAACUCUUAAUUUUUUUUCCUUUCUUUUAUUCUUCUCUUUUCUCCUUCUUGUAGCACAUAUCUUUCCUUAAACAUCAGAUUAAUUAACUGUUUAAUUCAUUUAUUCCAUGAGAUCAGUGGCAAAAGGCACUGAGUUUACAGAUAUGCACCAGGCACUGUAGAUGGGAGGUGUGAAUUGUGAAGAUACAUGACAGCAAUGCCUUCUCCCUCGUUGUUAUUAAUAUUAAAAAGAAAACUUGAACAUAGUAUCUUAGAAGGUUUUUGUGGUGAUCUUAACCUAGGAUCCAUGAUGCUCCUGAACUUAUUUGUAAAAUGCAUGCUUUGGGCCAUUUUUCUGGGAAGAAGAUUCAUAACUUUUAUCACACUUUCAAAGGCAUCUGUGCUCCCAAAAGUUAAAAAUCACCGAUCUGGUGCUAUCCCUCAGCCAGCCCAGGAAUAUUUCCUACAAUCUCAGCUCUUAAUGGCAAGGAGCUGACACUCGGUGCCGGUUCAGAUGUUAAAAAGCUCUAAAUGUUGGAUAGACCUUCCUAUCCUAGAUUUAAGUCAGCCUCCUUAUAGCUCCUGGUGGUGGUUCUGCCCUCUCUGGAGUAACACAAUAUAAACUGGCCUUGAUGCCCUUCUAACAUCUAAGAUCUACCACGUCCCUGUCCCCAGUCUUCCCAUCUUCAUUCAGGUUAGGCAUGCCCAGUUAUUUCCACUACUUCUCAUACGACAUGUUUCAAGACUUUCUACGUUAGACACUGAGAAUACGAAGAUCAAUCAGACAAGUCCUCAGGCCUCAUGGAGCUUUGAUGGGGGAGGCAUAACUCUCAUCAAAGUACAAUAAUAGAGGCUCAGUUCAGCAACCGUUUACUGAGCACUUACUCACGGCCAGGCUCUGUGCUCCACUCUUUACAUAGCCAAAACCAAACCCGUUGCCAUCGAGUCAAUUCCGUCUCAUUGCAACCCUAUAGGACGGAGUAGAACUGCCCCAUAGGAUUUCCAAGGAACGGCUGGUGGAUUCAAACUGCCGACCUUUUGGUUAGCCACGGAGCUCUUAACAACUGUGCCACCAGGGCUCCUCUUCAUGGAGAUUGCCUCUAAUUCUUAUAACUCUGAAAAGUAGAUAUUACUCCUAUUUUAUAUCAUUAGAAAUUGAGGUUCUCUGAGAAGUUAGCUAUUAAGUGAUUUAUCUAGAAUUAAAACUGGUUAUGUCUAGCUCCAAUACCUGCAUUCUUCCACAACAGCAUGCUUCUACAGCAAAACCUGUGAAAGCCGGAAUCUGUGUAAGGUGGAAACCUGUCAAGGAAGGAAAACUCAAAUAUUUUCCACUAAUAGAGAGGGGCCAAAAACUGGCAAAACUGCACCCUGUCAAAGAUGGAAAACUUGCGAGACCCAGAAAAACAAGGCAGUCCCAUAGAGUUCUGGCUCUCACAGGUUUUACUGUAGCAGAUUUAAGCUAGGGUAGAUCUUUAAUCAGGGUCCCUGGGUGGUGCAAACGAUUAAGAACUGGGCUAAUAACCAAAAGGUUGGUGGUUUGAACCCACCCAGAAGUGCCUUGGAAGAAAGGCCUGGCAAUCUGCUCCUGAAAGGUCACAGCUAUGAAAAUCCUAUGGAUCACAAUUCUACUCUGAAACACAUGCGGUCGCUGUGAGCCAGAACUGCCUCUAUGGCAACUGGUAGACCUUCAAUCAGAAGAUACGACAGGAAGAGCAUCCUAGUCAGAGGGAAGAGACUGCUUGGAAGCAUGAAGGAAAGUGUAGGAAGUAUAAGUGAGUCAGUGAACUUGACGUGGGGCUUGGAGUGAGCGGUGAGUGAGGGUAAAGUUAUAAUAGGAAAGACAGCUCAAAAGGAAGUUUAGAUC